GUUACUGAGAGAACAGGGACAUCCCCUAACUUACUCUAGAGCAUUUAGCCUAAAGAGGGCGGACCUAAAGGAGUGUCUAUGAUAUACAGAUAGAAUGACAGGAAGCUAAAACUUGUAUACAACUCAGAUUGAGCUACUGAAGUUAAGUAAAGGAAAAAGCUGUAUUCUCCAGUGAUCAUGGACAAACCAGUAUGUUUGAUUGACACGGAGUCAGAUGGGAAGCUGUGUGUGCAGCAGUCAGCUCUACAGAUCCUGCAGCAGAUCCAGCAGCCAGUGGUGGUGGUGGCCGUGGUGGGUCUCUACCGCACCGGGAAGUCCUACCUGAUGAAUCGCCUCGCUGGACAACAAACAGGGUUUGCAUUGGGCAGCACCAUCGAGUCCAAGACGAAGGGCAUCUGGAUGUGGUGUGUGGAUCACCCCACUAAAGCAGGAACCACUCUGGUGCUGCUGGACACUGAGGGACUCGGAGAUGUGGACAAGGGGGACCCAAAGCAUGAUACAAAGAUCUUCUCUUUGGCCGUCCUUCUGAGUAGCACUCUAGUGCUGAACAGCCGAGGGACGAUCGACAACAGGGCCAUAGAGGAACUGCAAUAUGUCACAGAGUUGACUGAGUAUAUAAAGGUCAAAUCCUCUGAUGAGGUCGAAGAUGACUCAGAGUUUGUGAAGUUCUUCCCUAGUUUCAUCUGGACUGUGAGGGACUUCACCUUGGAACAAAAAAUCAAUGGAAAAUACGUGACUGAGGACCAAUACUUAGAAUAUGCCUUGAAGCUGAAACCAGGCUCUUCAAGAACAGUUAAAGAGUUCAACCUUCCACGGGAAUGUAUCCGAAAUUAUUUCCCAUCCCGGAAGUGUUUUACUUUCCCGUUUCCAACCACCCCAGAGAAUGUGUCUCGUCUGGAGAGCUUGGAUCCUGCUGACCUUUCCCCAGAUUUCCAAGAUGUCUCAGAUCAUUUCUGCAAGUUCAUCUUUGACAGGAGUGAAGUGAAAAAGCUGAAGGAUGGACACACAGUCACAGGCAGAGUUCUGGGUCAGCUGGUGAAGACAUACGUAGACACAAUCUCCAGUGGUGAAGUUCCAUUUCUGGAGAAUGCAGUGAUUGCUAUGGCAAUGAUUGAGAAUGAGGCUGCAGUGAAGGAGGGGCUUGAGGUUUACCAGAGUGGAAUGGAGAAGCUGAAGGACUCCUUCCCUCUGGAACUGAAAGAUGUGUCCUCAGAACACCAACGCCUCAGCAGCAUGGCGACACAAGCCUUCAUGAAGCGUUCCUUUAAGGACAGUGAGGGGACAUUCAUGAAAUGUCUUGAGGAAGACAUUAAUAAACUCUUUGAUGGGUACCUGUGCCAAAACGAGGAGUCUUCAAAAAAAAGAUGUGAGAAUCUCCUGUCAUCCUUAUCGGCACAAAUGACAGAAAAACUCAAGAAAGGAUUUUAUGCCGUACCUGGUGGUUAUGUUCUCUUCUCCCAGGACCUUGAAGAUAUUAUAAAGGAAUACAAAAUCCAAGCCAAUAAAGGAGUCAAGGCAGAAGAAACACUUGAAGAGUUCCUGAAGCAGAAGUCAGUGGAUUCUAACGCCAUUCUGCAGGCUGACAAGAAACUGACUGAGAAGGAGAAAAAAAUAAUGGAGGAAAGAGAGAAGUCUGUUCUCCUGGCUCAGGAAAUAAAUGCCAAGGAACAAAAGCAGCAACAACUCGAAGAGAAGAUGGAAGCAGAGAGACGGAGCAAUGAAGAGAGGAUGAGACAGAUGAAGGAGAAGAUGGAUGAGGAGCUGAGGCUCCAGAGAGAGGAGGCUGAGCGUGCCAUGGACAGUAAACUGAGGGAGCAGGCUGAUCUGUUGGAGAAAGGCUUUAAGGAGAAGGCAGACAGGAUGACUAAAGAAAUAGAGGACUUUAGGAAAAAGAAUAAAGAAGCAGAAAAGGAAAGUGACAAGAUGUUUAAAAAGAUGAUAGAAAACAUGAACAACAGACAUGCUGAGACUAUGAAUCUGAUGAUGAGGCAACACAGUGAGCAGAUGAAGGCAAUCAUGAGCAUGCCGAGGCCUAAGUCAGACUCCUCCAUGGUAAUCUUGCGUCUGAUAAUCGGCGGUCUCAGCAGUGUUUUAUUCUCAGGUCCACGUCCCUCUUAAUACAGUUAUAAGCAAUUUUAGCUAUUUCUGUUGUUAGGAUAAAAUUUAAUAGUCCAGAUAUUUAAACGCUGAUGUUGAGGCAGUAAUUAUAAUGAGUAGGUGACCACUGAAACAAAUGUUACAUUUCAAAUGUAUGUAUUACAUUGUUAUGCCAGUAGAUGAACGAUCAAAUGGACUAUGACUAGAAUAGUUCUUGGUUAUGCAGACGCCCAGGUGAUUAAAAUGAUCUAAUGAUGUCUUAAAAGGCAGUUUUGAAAGAGGAUAGGAAAUGGCAACAGAAUUAGUUCAUGCUUAUGAAUGUUCAGUUUAUAACCUGAAACAUGUCCAAAUUCCUCUAAUAAGACUAAAACUUGGGGUAUGAAUAUGGAUCUGUCCAGAUCAGAGAAAAAAGUAAAAGAUCGUCAGCAUAUAAAGACAGCUUAUACACAGAACCUCCCCUUUUGAUGCCCAUCAUCUGACUGAACUUAAGGGCUACUGCCAGUGGUUCAAUAGCUAUGGCAAACAGUAAAAGGAGAGUGGGCAGCUCUGCUGAGUACCACAUCCAAGAGUAAAAUAGUCAGAAUAGUCAUUGUUGGAGCGGACACAAGCCAAAGGAAAAGCAUACACAAGUUUAAUCCAGGAAUAAAUUUACUGCCAAAUCCAAAUCUUUUUAAAGUGAAGAACAAAUAAGGCCACUCCACACAGUCAAAUGCCUUCUCUGCAUCCAUAAAAAUAACCAGAUCAGGAGUGGUAGAUGUUGAAGGAAAAUACAAUCCAUCAAAUAGACGCCUGAUGUUAUGUAAAGAGUGUCUUCCCUUGACUAACCCUGUUUGGUCUCUAGAAAUGAUUGAAGGCAAAACAGCCUCUAGACGCCUUGCCAGCUUCUUAGCUAAUAUUUUAACAUCCGCGCAUAACAAAGAAAUAGGGUGAUAGUUACUACAGAGAAGUGGAUCCUUGCCUUUCUUCAAUAUUAGUGAGAUGGUGGCCUGUCUUAAAGUUUGAGGGAGUAUGCCAGAUUGUUAGGAUUCAUUAAACAUGUUUAUAAGUAGUGGGGAGAGUUUAUCAGCAAAUGCUUUGACUGCCACCAUUUGAGCAUUCUCAGAAGUUCUUUAAAUCGUGAAUUUCAGCAGAAACAGCUAGAAACUGACUGCCACAAAAACAAGUAAAUUGCAAGACAUCUUGUAGGGAGUGGCCAGCCUGAUUUCAGUUUGGACUGGUGCCACCCAUUGCCACCAUCUGCCCCUGCAUAGCUACAAACUUUUUUGUUGUUAUUGUUUUUUCAAGUUCUGGUUUUUGUCAAUUCAAUAUGGUAAUGUUUGGUAGCUGAUCAUCCAUUUAUCUAAAUUAUUACUGUCGAAAUUAUUGCAUUCAUUUUUUAUUUAUUUUUUAGUUUUGAAAAAUAUCAGAUGUAUAAGAUUUUAUUUAAACUAGAUUCGAUUUAGCAGUGAAAACUUAAUAGGCUGAAUGUCUCUGAAGCCUUGGCAAGCUACAGCCAACUGCAGUUCCUGGAUCAGUGAAUGACAGCAGAUGAGUGAAUGUUGCCUAGAUCCUCAUGUUCUGUAAACAUUGGAUUAGACUGACCAAAGUAAGGCAACAUGAUGUUUCUAAUAAUCAGAGGCCCAGAUCAUUGGUAUGUUGAAAAGGGGGAAUAAUAAUAUAAUACGAGUAGGAGGAGUGGACAUGAGUUUCGGUGUGUGGAUGAUUUGCCGCAAGUGAUCACUGCCAAAUCACAUUUAUUUAAAUAGUAAAUAAUAUUAUACAAUACAGUUUGUUUCAAAGCAGCUUCACAUUAAUUAAAUAAUAUCAAUGUUGCAAAAGUUCAGUAAUUAUUAAAAAUAAAUUUCAGCUAUAAAGCAAGUAAAGUCACAUUUAUAUAACAUUGUAUAUACUGUAAUACUGUUUAUACUGUAAUGAAGUUAUGCAUGGAAUCAGGCCCUGGCUUUUAUCAACUGAAUUUUUAGUGAUAGUAAAAUAAAAUACAUAACAUAUUCUGAA